CAGUAUACUUCGCGCCCCCGAACGACUCCUGCGCAUGUAACGCGGGAACGCGCGUGAUUGGCUGGUGGUGUCAAGUAGGAUUUGAAUGUGGAACCUUUCUUUUAUUAAGUUUUUGAAGUUUCUUGGCUGUGAUUGUGUUUUGUUUUUUGAAGUUCAUCCCUACUAUGAAUUAAAAUAAUGGAAAACAAAGACAAAGUUUCAAAAGACAUAGAAAAAGGAUUAAACUCUCCUGAAUUGAAAAGAAACGAAGACAUUCCAUACGUAGAUGAUUUCAUCGAACUGAAUCUAGUCAAACCCGACGAACCAAUACCUCCGAGACGCACAAAGAACGAAAAAGAAAAUGGAGAUGUACAAGUACCAGAAAAAGAUAGAAAACUGCACGCCUCAGAUUUGGGAGAAGUUCAUUCUUCUCCAAAUAAUGAUACGAUAAUAGUAAAUACGCCAGAGGGGACUCUAUACAUUACUUUAGAGCCUGACUCUGCUAAAUCUUCGAAGCCCACAAGUCCUACCACGGAGUCUACUGACUUGGACAUUACUCCUAGUACUUCGAAGAGUUCAGGUGCUGCAGAAUCUGAGGAACUGAUAAGGAAGGAGAGAGAAGCUAUGGAGCAGAGGAAAAUGAGUUUGAGGAGAAACUCAAUAUCGAUGCCGACGCUACAGAAUUUGGAGUUGGAGGUUCUAAAGCAGCAGUAUAUCAAUAACCCACAGGAUGAGAUACCGGAGCAUCAUCAGAGCACAGCGUCAGGGUUCAGUGAUGGAGACAACACGGCUGAUGAUCACACUGAAGUGCUGUCUGAUGAUGAGAGGUCCAAGACACCCCUCCGCUCUCCUCGGCGCAAAUCCACGGCUCCCCGAAGGUUCGGCCGGUCGGAGUUCAGCAUGGACGAUGAAGACUACUCGCCCAGCAACUCCGUCACGUCGGUCAAUUCCCUCGCCAGUCUGCUUAGGGAGAAAUUACAGAGUAUCCCCCAAAAAAUUCGCAAGAAGCCGACAGAUUACAAGCUACGCGCCUUCGUGGGUCUCAUGUUCCUCGCCAUCGUGUUCUUUGUGGGUUUCGCCUAUGUGCUGUACCAUCAGCAAGCGUUGACCAAGGCUUACUUCGACAACGUGCAGUUCAACGAGCCUAAGAGACUGCUUAGGAUAUAUAAUAAGGAUGAUGUGGAAAUUCUGAGGGCUAGUUUAGCUGUGAACAUCCAGGGCAAAGUAAAUGCGUAUCCUUGCCUACCUGAAGACCGACAUAAAGACGGCUCCGAAUGUCUAGAGUGGCUACAUACGCUGCGCUUCUACCUCAAGUCUCUCCCACACGACCCUGGCGUUGAUAACACCACCUGUUAUUCCGUCCACUGGAAGGCGUUAAGAUCUGACGUCUAUCCAAACGACUGUUUCGACUGGAGUGCUACGAAAGUGCAUUGGUAUGGAGGUGGGCAAUCUUUGAACCUAACAUGGCCGCUAGAUAGGGGAUCUCUGGAUUACACUCCGUUCAUCACCGGUGAUAUGCAGAAGUCUCAAUGGGGCAACGUCCUCACGCGGUAUUUCAUCAACUCCAAAGGCGCUGCCAUCAUCAUCGAUGACGAAACUCCUCUCCACGUCUCAGUGAACAAAGGUGGCAAACAAAUCUGCCUAAAAUCAAUGUUCCAUGAAUUUGCUUACCCUAACCGACUAACCGAAUUCCCCGAAAUGAAAUACAAUAUCUGUACAUCUGAAGAUAUGGCGUCAUUGCACUCUUCGAUUCACAGCCACCGCAGAGCACCUUUGUGGGAUGGCUUGAAGCCUGCUGACAUGCAAACUUUAGAGUCUCUAAUAUCAGAACCGGUAUGGCAAAUAGCUCCAAGAUUCAAAGACGAGUUACAAGCAGAAACCAUCUCCAAAUACACGGAAGACGUUAUUAAUCUAGGAUUCUUGAAACAAGGACAUGUACUGAUUAACGAGCACUGGCAGAACGAAAUAGGUGAUCUCUCUGUUGAUAAAACCAGAUUCGAAACUCUGAAUACGACAGUCGAUAAAUUGCAUAGACGAGGUUUCAAAGUAGCGUUUACUAUCCAGCCGUUUAUUAGUACUGAGAGCAAGAACUUUGCCGAAUGCGUCCAGAAAAGAUUACUUAUUAGCGAGAGAAACAGUGACAGACGUAUACCAGCCUUAACUCGUUUUAAAUCAUUAGCCAGUGCUGGAGUAUUAGACAUAACAAAUAACAGGUCUGUACCUUGGUUCUUAGAUAAACUGCAGGCAGUUAUCGAUGAGUACCACAUCGACUCCUUCUUUUUGGACUUGGGGACAGCUUAUGAUAUGCCCCAUUAUUUCCGCUGCGAACAUCUUUUGACCAACCCUGAUCAAUACAAGAAGAUCUUCACAAAGAUUUUCGAGAAGUUGUUGAGUAUUAUCGGUGUGUCUUCAGCAGUGUCCUUACCUCGUCCACCUAUUUUUGUAUCUUUACCACCUUUUGAGUCGACAUGGGAAGCUUUGAGGCUGGUCAUACCAACAAUGCUGACUUAUGGAGUAAAUGGCUUUCCGUUCAUAAUGCCGGGAGCAGUUGGAGGUGAUAUCUAUUGGCCUGGAAGUGAGCAGUUCCUACCAUCUUCUAAAGGAUUAGUGGAGACAGUGAAUGCUACGCAAGAGAAUGGAAUAGAGUUGCCAGAGAGGGAGUUGUACAUGAGAUGGCUGCAGAUGGCGACGUUCUUGCCAGUGAUGAAGUUCACCCACUUGCCGAGCAAGUAUAAUGAUGAAAGAGUUUUGGAGAUGGCCAAGAAUUUGACGUCGUUGAGACAGAGAAUGGUAACCCCUCUCCUGCUUAAGUACAAACGCGAAGCUCUAGAAGAAGGUCUGCCCCUCAUCCGUCCCCUGUGGCUGCUGAGCGGCAGCGACACAGCCCCCAUGCCUGUUCCCGACGAGUUUGCUAUCGGAGGGGAGAUCGUCGUCGCACCCGUGUUGGAACGGGGACAGACGUCUAGAGAUGUAUACCUCCCAACGGGCUUAUGGCAGGACGGUAUCGACGGAUCACUCCGCAAGGGUAACCGCUGGAUGCACGAGUACAAAGUUCCUAUCGACAAAGUCGCUUAUUUCGUUCGGAAACCAGAUGACAUGAGAUUCUAAUAGUAGGUAUUUGCUUGGAUAAACAAUUGACUGUGUAAACAGUGAAUUUGGGAAUAGAAUUGGUAGCCCGGUGAGUUGGAAAAUUCCGGAACAAAAAUGUUCAGAGGAGGAUUGUGUCAACAUUUUUUAUGAAGUAGAUAACUAAUUUAGUUUACCGGUAGUGCCUUUGUUAAGGUAUUGACAGGCAAUCUGAUUGCAGUACCUACAGCGUUUCAAAAAUUUCAAAACUAUACGCUCCACAGUAGAGAGAUAUAUUUGCCAUUUUAUUUUCGAAAUGAAAAUGGAAGUGAACGUUUGCCAUAACCGUUCGUUCAUUUAAUUGGAUUUUAUUCAUAGUAUAGUCCCAUAAAAUGUUUUCUAUGCUUGAUUGGCUAUAAAACCAUUGCAGUAAACGUGAGUAUUUUUCAUCGUAAAGUCUCCAAUUUUAUCUACGUUUAUAAUUGAACAUUCCGUUUAUCGCUGUCAAUCAAUAAUUUAAGUGUAUUGUGAUAUUUCUUCUGUUAUGUAAAAAUCUACAUUAUUAAUGUCUAGUCGUCACAAACAAAAAUGCAAUAUUUUGAACUUUUAGACAGGUUUUCUGAACAACGAUCUGAUAUCAAGAGUUUGAAAGUACAAUUUGCCAAAAGAAGCUUAUUUUUAAUAUUAAAAUAAUAAAAUAAACCAGAAUAAAUGCAUAUCUAACAACAUUCCUUGAGAAUUAGUAACUAUCUGUACAGUUAUGCUUUUAAAGAUUUUGAAUGUAUCUUUUGUUUAGACCAUAGGGUAGCCUAGAUGCCAGUUUGUAGUUUUUAUUUUUACGAUAGGUACAUUUAAAAUUAAUCAUGGCCAAUAUAGUUUAUGAAUACUGAAAAAUAAACGUAUAGUUUAUUAAUUUAAUUUGUAGCUUGUUAUAUAGAGCGUGUUUUUUCAACACUGCCCCGAAAAAAACAUUUAGGUCAAAUAAGCCAAAUAAAUAAUAAAUAAAUGGUAAGAGUAAAUUAUCUAAUGAUAAGUACCUUUACCAUAGUUUAACGAUAGUUUAACUAGGUAAUAUUUAAUUUGGCCAGUGUAGAUAGAGUUAAUAGAUUAUUUUCUGCAUGCCUUCCAAAGUCCAUUUUUUGUUGAGACCUAAGUUAGCCGUAACUUGUUGGUGAUGCAAAGAUAUGUGAUGUUAACUUUCUCGAUGCGUAAAUUAUCAUACAACUUGAUAAUGAGGCGCUAAUUUUAGAACUGUAUAUUUAUUAAAGUCUGUCAUCGGUAUUUGGUCGUAUUAUAAUCACGCUCACUCACGUAAUAGUAAAUGUUAUCCGACAAAAUGAAUGAAGGUGUAAUAUCCAAAUCAUAUAGUGUUAACAUACGACUCUUCAUUUGGGCCGAGUUAUAUUUACGUUUCGAGUAAGUUAACUUUCAAAACUUGGAAUCAGGAGAUCUCGGAAGUUAGGGCUUAUGAACAAAGUUAAUAUACGUAAUUAGGUACGUAAAUUAAUUUAUACGAUAUUGUGAUUACUAUAACAUUCCAAAGUUUAGUAGCUUUUUAAUUUACCUUUGUAGCGGAAUUUGAAGUAAUUGUUAUUGAAAGUAGAAAAAUGCUAUAUAUUUAACUGAUCGUUUAUUUUUUUAAAUUGGAGAAAUUCUUAUACUUUCUUUUUUGUUUUACUUAUAAUAUUAAAUGAGUUUUUUCUACUUUCUCGAGCAUUUUAUUAUCUUGGCUGUGCCGAGUUUAUUGAGCAUUCUUGUUUUAACAUAGUUUUAAACAAUUAUUGUAGAUAGUAAAUAAUCAUGUUAGGCCCAAGUUCACCGACAAGAGAAACGUUUUAAGAAAUGAUCGUUUGUGUUGUUGCUGAAAAUGGGUGUAAGAGUAAAAGCCAUUCCAUUAAUUCUAUAGGUUUAAUAAUAAGUACAGUUUUUAAUAGUUUGUGCAUAUUGCCUUCAGAAAAUCAUGUAACUUUUAAUCUAAAUUAUUUAUUUAAUAAAUGAAAUAUUUAUAAAAUAUAUUUAUUUAUAAAAGAUUGCUUUAAUAAUAUUGUUUAUUGUAAAAGCAUUUCGAUCAUUAUAAAUUAUAAUUUUAUUUUUAAUUCUGUAUAUUUUGCUAUAAACAUUAUAUUUUUUAACUGUUGGUUGUAAUGCUAACCUACUGGUAGGAAUAGGUAGGAAACCAAAAAGUAUUGUAUACGACUGUUUAUUUUAUAAUGCAUUUAAUAAUUAAAAUAAUAAUGUGCUGUUAAUAAAUGUUUAGAAAAUUCUA